GAGCCGUACAGAGGAGGCAGCGGUCCUCAGGUCUCAGGCCGGGAGCUUCGUUCCGGGCUGUGCAGGACACGGCUGGCCUGGGGGGCACCGGGGCGGCCAUGGUGGGGACAGGCAGUGGGGAGCAGGCCCAGGGCUCCCCGACACAGGCCGGGUCUGCUGCCCGGCUGCGGGCCAGGGAGUCUGGAGCGCGGCACAGAAUUAAAGUGGAUGUGUGCAGAGGAUGCCUGUGCUGUCUGCUUCCCGCCCGGGCACCCAGGGCUCUCGGUUAGGGCGCCGUGCUUAAGAGCCAGCCAGAAGUCCCUCCCUGCUUCCGGCAGGACUGGUCGGCCGGCCUGGAGCAGUAUCUACACGAGCUCGUUUAUGCAGUCCGGCGGACCCUUGGCCCCCGGAAAGGACCCCUGGUUCUCGGCUCCCGGAGGCGCUCUGGGCACAGCUGGGCCGGGCGGCGGGGAAAGCGCCCGCAAGGGGAGCGUGGUGUCCAGGGCUAACAGCAUCGGUUCCACCAGCGCCUCUUCUGUCCCCAACACAGAUGAUGAGGACAGCGAUUACCAGCAGGAGUCCUACAAGGAGUCCUACAAGGACCGGCGACGGCGAGCACACACCCAGGCCGAGCAGAAGCGCAGGGACGCCAUCAAGAGAGGAUACGACGACCUUCAGACCAUUGUCCCCACCUGCCAGCAGCAGGACUUCUCCAUCGGCUCCCAGAAGCUCAGCAAGGCCAUCGUCCUGCAGAAGACCAUCGACUACAUCCAGUUUCUGCACAAGGAGAAGAAAAAGCAGGAGGAGGAGGUGUCUACCCUGCGCAAGGAUGUCACUGCCCUGAAGAUCAUGAAAGUGAACUACGAGCAGAUCGUCAAGGCGCACCGAGACAACCCACAUGAGGGGAAGGACCAGGUGUCUGACCAGGUCAAGUUCAGCGUGUUCCAGGGCAUUAUGGACUCCCUGUUCCAGUCCUUCAAUGCCUCCAUCUCGGUGGCCAGCUUCCAGGAGCUGUCGGCCUGCGUCUUCAGCUGGAUCGAGGAGCACUGCAAGCCCCAGACCCUGCGUGACAUCAUGCUGGGCGUCCUGCAUCAGCUUAAGAACCAGCUCUACUGAUGGCUGCAGACACCACAGAGCCCAGAUGUCUCCUGCCUGGCUGGGACCACAUCCUGUGUGAGGAGCAUGUUUUGUGAACGCUUCUGAUCAUUUAUUUUCCCGACCAUGCAGCCAGUCCUUGCCUCUCCCCACAGGGAGCCCCGAACCUGUGGAGAUUGACCAGCUUGGGCUGCUUUGGUAUCUAUCGGUGGCCUGUGGCUUAGGUGUGGCACUUGGCAGUGGCUGGGAGAGGACACUGAGCUACACCAAAGGGGCCGGGCUGGGUCCCUACUCUGCCACUGCUCCAGGGCGCGCGAAGCCCCCAGCGUCUUCUGCCCACACCCCAAAGACAGGCGGGACACAGUGGUGCACAUUGGCAAAUCUUUUUUUUCCCCCCUUCGGUGCCAGGGAUGGAACUCAGGACCUUGAGCUUGCCAGGCAGGCGCAGGCUGCUGAGCUACAUCCCCGCCCCUCUAGAAAUAUUUUUUUUAAAUACCAACAAGGCAGUUUUGCUACAGAUACAACUUUGGAAAGUGAAAUCCCCCAGCCUUUCUCCCCUCCCCUCUUCUCCGGGAGUGCUGGAAAUGCUGGGCCCCAGGAGCCCCCUCAGGGUCCCGCGGGGUCGCUGCCCAUGGGAAAGUCAGUUUUACAGGAAGUCACAAUAAACAUCACGUGUCCACUGGC